AUGGAUUCGUUUAAGCAACACGGUUCGAGGCCGAAAGACGCCAUAGAUUUCAUUAGUCAUUUGCACCUGGGCUGUGGUGGUGCACCCAGAAUACAGGACGACGUGGAGAUAGACACAAGGAGUGGGCUUUCUAAAAUUACCAGUAGUGUACCCAGAGAUUCAUGUCACGGAUUACUCUCCCCACUCAUCGUACUAUUUUAGAUUGCUGUCCUAAAAAAUGUUCCCUGCAGCAGCAAGGGGUGGAAUGGAUCACGUCCCCUGCCAAGCUAUUCUCGCAGAAGAGGACGGACCUUGAACC